CAUUUGCCGUAUAUAAAGAUAGCCUGAGGAAUAAUCACACUUAGUUGAAAAGUUCAGCUUUGCAGGAGCACAUCUCGUAGAUAAAUGGAUUCGUUAUUGAUUCAGUUGAACACUUGCAGUGAGCUAAUUUCGGAGGGCUACAGCAGCACGGGCAACAUGGGCUGGCUGAACGAGUUCUGCGCCACUUUCCUGGACUUUGCCAGCGACCUGAAGGCCCGACUGCCCGAGGUGGCUCCCAGUGGCGCCAACUUGGAUGUGGAGACCAUCUUUCUCUGCCUCACCCAGGUGGUUACCUGCAUCACGCACCUGGAGAGGACUAUUACUUUGGUGGCCUCGCCGUUGACCAGGCAGCACUUUCUCGAUCGCUUGGAUUGGUGCUGCAGGCGACUUCUGAUCUCCUUGACUCAACUGGAGAGCCGGGUGAGCAGUGUGAAGAACCUGGAGGAUCACUCGUUCGUGGAGCUAAUGGAUUUGGCUCUGGAUCAGCUGGAUGAUUACAUGGAGAAGCUGGCAAAGGAGAGCUUCAUGGAGGAGGAGGCGGAAGAGGAUAGCUACCAGCUGGCCAGCAUAGUGAAUCACAUAGUUCGGCAUGCUUUGGCCUUUGCCAACGUUUCCAUUCAGUCGGACAAGAAGGCUUUGACUUCCCUUUGCGAGACUUUACUAGGCGAAUGUGCCACUUUUCACGAGGAGGCCGGUGAUCCGAAUAGUGGUCACCGCAAGCUGGAGGCUUUGUCCCUGGAACGAGCUCUCUACGCCCUGGAAUCCUUCCUAAACGAGGCCAUGCUGCACUUGCUCUUCGUCAGCCUGACCGAACUGGAGAACACUUCGGUGGGCAGGCUAAAGGAGGCCCUCCAAGAAGAUGCUAACGAAGCUAAAGAGCUAAUUGCCGCCUUCGACAUCAAUAUGGAUCGCAUCCAGCAGAUCGGAGUGCUGGCCAUUGCCUUCUCGCAGGACAUCAAGACCAAGACGAUUGUGCGGAGCUGCCUGGCAUCGUUGGAGUCCCUGGAUGCCUGCAUUGUCCCGGCGCUCCAGCUGCCCGAAUCCGCUGCAUCCGCACACCAUGCCGAAAUCCUGGAAGAGCACUUCAACCAGGAGCUCUUGAUUUUCCGCAACGUCAUCCACGAAAUCAUCGACAGCUGCUCGCUGAUCAACAACUAUCUGGACAUGUUGGGCGAGGGUAUACAGAUUCAGGAGAAGAGCCACCUGAAGGUGAUUGUCCAGCGGGGCAGCGUUUUGGUGGAGCACUUCCGGCUGCCGGUUAAUUAUUCGGCUCUCAGCGAAGAUGGCCAGCGGGUGCACAAGGAUCUCAUCCUCAUACUGCGCGAGUGCCAGGCUGUGGUUAAUCUGGACAUCCCAGUGGAGCCCAAACGCAUCGUGAAACGCCUCAAGAUCUUGUACUCCGUUCUGGCCAAGCUGAGGGACUCGAUAAGCAGGGAUAAUCUGGAGCCCGACAGCUCGGUGGGAUCUCAAAAUCCGAUUCCCUGUAACGUCACCAGGACGUUUGUCCGAAGCAGUCGAUCCGCAUCCAAGAGACACCGAUCCUUUGUCAAACAAAGCGGAAAUUGCUCGGUUUUUGGCCCACAGGAGACCUUUACUGAGUCCCCAAACAAUGAAAGCGAUCUUAUAAGCUUUCAGAUCACCGAAAUUCUUAGAUUAGACUGAUCA